GUUUUGCCACCGUGAAACUUGCCACAGACAAGCAGACGGGAGAGCAGUUCGCCGUGAAGAUUAUGACCCUGCCUCCUGAGGGUGCGGACGUGUCGGAGAAUGAAAACACACGGGCCGACAUUUUCAAGGAGAUUGAAAUCUUGUGCGGCCUCCAGCACAAGAAUGUUGUGUACCUGAAAGAAUUCUUUGAGGACGAUGACCGGGUGUACCUGAUCACUGAGCUGCUAACAGGUGGAGAGGUUCUUGAUGCUGUGUUGGAACGCGGCCAGUACAGUGAAGCCGAUGCACGCCUAUGCUUUGUUCAGCUUCUGGAAGGGAUCGCGUAUUUACACAGCAAGCGUGUGGCACACAGAGAUCUGAAGCUGGAGAAUUUGCUCUUGGCAACACCAGAUGACAUCACCCUCAUAAAGAUUGCCGACUUUGGUUUGGCAAAGCUGACAGGGCCCCAGGGCAAAUCGAUGGAAACGAUCUGCGGGACUCCGCAGUAUGUGGCACCAGAGGUCAUUCAAGGCGUCCAGGGCUUGUCAUAUGGAUUUGCUGUGGACAUGUGGAGUGCAGGCGUGGUGCUAUUCAUCCUGCUGGGUGGCUACCCUCCAUUCCACAGCGAGAAUGAGCCCAAGAUGUUUGAGCAGAUUCGGAGGGGCGACUACAACUUCGAUGAGGCAGUGUGGGACCUCAUUUCAGAACCUGCAAAGGACCUGAUUUCGAGGCUGCUUGUCGUCGACCCAAAGAAGCGCCUGACCGCGGAGGAGUCCCUGAAGCACCCCUGGCUUGCAGGCGAAGUCUCCCACGAACCUUUGGCUGGCACGCAGCAGAACUUGAAAAAGAACUAUGCACAGAAGUUCAAGAAGGCAGUGAAUGUGAUCAUGACCAUCAACAAGCUGAAGAAGCUGACCAUUGCCGAGGAAGACUCGGCAAAGGAGGCAUCCUGGGGGAAGCCAGGGAAGUAUUUCAAAUGA